GCAAAGUCCAACAUUUCAAAGCAAUUUGUUUUAAUUGAAGACCCGUAUCGCGUGAAUUAUGUAAACAUUCUUAUCUAAUCUGGUACGUGCCGUACUUCAAGCAGGGAAUGGAGUCAAUUGAGCGCAACCAAUCGAUUAUGUGACAUUGGUACGUCAAUGCAAGCAGCAGUCAGCUGUUUUCUAUGAAUUUCAGCUGGCCACCAGCAAAUAAAGCAAAAAUCAUCAGGCACGAUGUGUGGGUGUUAUUAAAGUGCUCCAGCAUUUAUUGAUUCGAUCCGCAGGAAUAACCGUGCGGUCAUCGUGUGGUAUCAUCACAAUGAGAAAUCACAUCUGAAGAGAAAAUUGAGAAAGUUAAUUAAAUAAUUAUCAAAAAUGGGAUUCCUUGAGGUGACUGACGAUGAUGGUGGCAACACAGAUGUUGAUUUCAACAAUCUGUAUCCGGCUAUGAUUGCCUGCUUUGGCAACAUAGUCUUAGGAUACUUGGCUGGCCGGUUUAAUUUGCUUUCACAAACAGAGGCAAAGGGAAUCAACACUUUCAUAGCCAAUUUCUCGUUGCCAUCUCUGAUUUUCCUUAACUUGGUUGAAAUGGAUGUGUACUCAGUGAAUUGGCGCUUCGUGCUAGCCAUCUUCUUGGCAAAGCUCGUUGUUUUCAUCUUGGUCAUUGCUUUGCAUAUGCUUCUGAUGAGACCAAUCAACACAUCCAGUGCUGGGAUCUUAGCAAUUUUUGCCACUCAAAGCAAUGACUUUGCGAUUGGAUAUCCAAUUGUUACUGCUUUAUACGCGAACACUCAUCCGGAUUUCGCCCGCUACAUCUACCUGGUGGCUCCAAUAAACUUGGCUAUACUAAAUCCCAUAGCUUUCAUCCUGAUAGAGAUGGGUAGUUACCAGAGGAGCGCUUUAACAGACGGAAUACGCCAGAGCCGCGUGAAAACUGUCUUCAAGAUACUGAAGAACGUUUUAUUCAACCCAGUCGUUUUCGUCACUCUCCUCGGUAUAAUCUGCAACUUCGCUUUAGGUCAAAAAGUACCGGUUUACCUCCGAGAAAUCCUAAGCGUUUUAGGCAAAGCCUUCUCAGCUUGCGCUCUCUUCAUCCUAGGAUUACGCAUGGUGGGAAAGAUCAACAGCCUAAGAGGAGUCGGAUUCCUAUUACCGGGUCUCCUAAUUUUCGGCAAAUUAUUGGCGCUUCCCGAAUUGAUACGACAAUUUGCUCUGCUUUUAAACGUAGCAGGCGAUAGCAAAGCUAACUCUGAGAUGAGCACUUUCGGGUUUCUCUACGGAACGUUUCCAUCCGCUCCUACAGUCUUCGUAUUCGCUUGCAAAUACGCUGUGGAAAUGGAUUUGAUAGCAACUGCUAUGGUUGCUUGCACGUUCCUCAGCGCUCCAUUAAUCUUCGUCUCGGCAAAAUUGAUAGCCAUAAAGGACAUCGAUCCUUCGCAUUACAUCAAGCAAAUAAAUCUGUUUACUCUGGAGGUGAGCAUCAUCGGUUUGAUAGCCAGCGUUUGGGUGCUCUUCAUCUUCGUGCUCACCAAGAAGAUCAAUAAAGUUCCGCACAAGUUCACUGCUUGUCUUCUAGUCUCGCACAUUUUCAGCUGCAUCGGAGCUAUUUUAUAUAACUACACGGACGAUAAAGGAUGGGUGGGUUACAUCCAGUUCUGCUUCUUUACUGGAGGAAUUUACAGCACUCGCAUGUGGACUGCAGUUAUUGCCAUAACAUUACUCUUCAUGGAAUGUCGAAGCUUAUGUUACAUACUUUUCAAACUGCAACCGUUCUUCAUGCUGUGCAGCUGGGGUCUCCCAAUAGUGAUUUCCAUACUGCUUUUGGUCUUCGAUCGCGACAAACCCAUCAAUCCCGAAGACGACAAUCCGUACUUCAUUUACGGAGUAUUCCAAGCGAUCGUUGCAGUCUCAUUACUAGUACUUUGCUCCGUGGUUACUCUAGGUUGUCUCAUAUUAAACCAUAUGUAUAAAAGGAGACACGAGAACUAUUGGAGCUUAGGCAACGAAUCCAUGAAUAGCGAAAUCGAAAGCUCUAAUCCAUCAACGAGUGGUGUACAAGAUUGCCCGACUCCUUCAGCUUGCGGUACUUCAACUUGCUGCGGUGGCAACAGUUGCACUCUUCCUACCAUCAACGAAAGUGCAGAAACCUCUCCAAACAAUCAACCCAACGUUGUUGAUAUUGAAGACCUCUUCGGGAAUUCCACGAGGAAGAACGGAGGAGUUCCAUGCGAUGGAGCAAAACAUGGCGAAGGAGACUGCCCUUCCGGUUUGGGAUGCGCUGGAAGUUCGGAUUACUGCACAGGAAUUAUCAGACAAUUCGACGAACGAAUCAAUGACGAUUUGGAAUUAAUCGAAGAGGAACGCAGCAGUCACGAUCCGCAGAUAUUGCAGCAUUCGAUCUUAUUAAUCUUGCUAUUGUUCUCCAUGUUCUUUGGAUUGACCGUUUCCAUUUGGACGGUGAUCAUGGAAAAGAUGACCGCAAUCUAUAUAGAAUUGGCUUUCCUCGACGUCUCCUUCAACAUGGGUCAAAGCGUCAUAAUCCUCGCCGUGUUCUUCUCAGAUACUAAAGACACCUUGCUUCCUCUGUUGAAGAGAUGGAGAAAGCUUCUGCACAAAGAGAACAAGUUGAUUCUACCGAUGGAAUCGGAGCUCGGAAACGAGACUUUACAUAUCUGCGAGCAAUUCAAGAAGCAUCACUUGAGCAAAUGCAAGCGCGACAUUCAACGCAGCAAGAGGUGGCGUUUGAAGGUAUACGAAGACGUCUUCUCCGGCAGGAAAUUCGUGGACUGGCUGAUCGAAGUGGGAUUGGCUAGGGACAGGACCGAAGGCGUUAACUACGCAAGACAUUUGAUAGAAGGACGCAUCGUGCGGCACAUCAACGAAAUCUACCAUUUCUACGACAAGAAUCUCUUAUACACGUUCAACUGACACAGGCCCCAAUUCCGCUACUCCGUGCCGCUGGAUUGGCUCGCACUGUGCAGAUUUAAGCGUUGAAACAAAGUAUUUAGUAUAUUGUACUUAGUUGCGAAUUUAGUAUAAUUUCAAGUAAGGCUGUGGACUAAGUUUGUAAAUGGUGCUUUGUUAAAGCUACACGUGAUUUUUCAGUUUUUUGUUUUUUAUAAAUAAGUAAGACAGGUUACCUUUUUGCCAAAUGAAACGAUAAGAAUAGUAUAUUAUUUUUUAUAAUACUUUUAGUAGAACAAAUAACAUAAUAUACGUAAGAAUCACACAAGGUUGUACAGUAAGAUUUCAUACAAUGAUCUUGUUUCACACAGUAUUUGUAAAGGUUCACAGUAUUUCACCUUUGAUCAGGGUGUCGGGCAAACUACCAUGUACACUUAAUCUCCAGUUUGUCCGCAACUUAAGUAAUUAAGUAUGCUUGAUUGUGAGCUUCGAUGAUGUUUCGUUAAAAGAAAAACGUACUUAAGUUUUUAAAGGAAACCAUCGAAUAUAUCCUAGAAGUACGUAAUGCGGUUACAGUCAUAGUUUUAUUUUUUUAUGUAUUGAGCAGAUAUUACAGAAUCGCACGCAAACCCGCUUUUUGCCAAUAGGUUUUAAUGAGGUUGAAGAGUUGUAACGGAUCGGGUUUUCUUUUGUAUUUAUCGAACAAUGUGUGUACGGACAGCCAAACGUACAUGAAUUAUCUAUAAAUAAUAUAGACAAAGUCUGACAAAUAGACAAUAUCUAGUAUUCGAAAGGAAACAAAAUGUGAACGAAUGUAAUCAACUGUUAUAUAAGGAACAAAUAUAUAAUGUUAUUAGCUUAAA